AUGUUCGCCAUAGAAGAAGUGAACAGAAGAUCUGACAUCUUACCUAAUAUUACUCUGGGAUACAAGAUAUUUGACUCCUGUGUGUUAGAACAUAAAGCUGUACAGAGUGCACUGAGUAUACUGUCAGGACGAGAAGAAGCCAUCCCAAACUACAGCUGUGAUGAGAAGAACAAAGUGGUGGCUUUUAUCGGACACUUGACGUCCUCCUCCAGUCUGUCCAUAGCCGAGAUUACUGGAAUCUAUGGCUAUCCUCAGAUCAGCUAUGGAGCGAUGGAUCCUGUAUUCAGUAACAAGCGGCGGUUCCCCUAUUUCUAUCGCACAGUCCCUGAACAGUCUUCUCUGUAUGAAGCCGUUGUCCUUCUACUAAAGCAUUUUGGCUGGAGCUGGGUGGGAAUAGUGACGGUAGACGAUGAGAGCAGCCAACGAGCCAGCAUGGAGCUCUACAAUCUCAAUCAGUAUAUAAAGAGAGUUCAUUAUACAACUUCAGGUGGAGAUUCGAUUCAUGAUAAAGGACACUUUCCGGCUAGAUUUGAUCUGGUGAACUAUCAUGUAUAUACUGACCGUACUGUGGGAAAACAAACAGUUGGACAAUUUAAUGAAGGCAGUGGUUAUCUGCAAAUUGUUAUAAAUGACAACUCAAUUUUUUGGAAUCCCCGAUUUCGCCAGACACCGCACUCUGCCUGUAGUGAGAGUUGUCUUCCCGGAUACAGAAAAGUCCCACUGGAAGGAAAACAGAAAUGCUGCUACUACUGUGCCCCUUGUGCAGAAGGAGAGAUCUCCAACCAGACUGAUAUGGAAGAAUGCUUGGAGUGUCCUGAAGACCAGUGGUCUAAUGAGAGAAGAGACACCUGUAUCCCGCGAUUACUUGACUUCCUGUCAUAUGAAGAUACCUUGGGAUUAUCUCUCAUUAUUAUCAAUCUCUUCUUCUGUUCUGUGACAGUCGUUGUGUUGGGGAUAUUUAUAAAGCACAAGAACACUUCAAUUGUGAAAGCCAAUAACCAGAACCUGAGCUAUAUCCUGCUCCUGUCUCUGCUCUUCUCAUUCCUAUGUCCUCUCUUAUUCAUCGGACGUCCCACAAGGAUGUCAUGUCUGUUACGACAAGUGACUUUUGGGAUAAUUUUUAGUCUUGCAGAAUCUUCUAUUUUAGCUAAAACAGUGACUGUAGUCUUGGCUUUUCAGACCAUUCAACCAGGCAGGACACUGAGGCAGUGGUUGGGGAGACAUCUGUCUACAUCAUUACUCAUUACUGGUACAAUAGGAGAGGUUGUGAUCUGUGUCUUAUGGUUGUCUUUCUCUCCACCAUUCCCAGAUUAUAACAUUGAAAUAGAAGUCGGAAAGAUAAUAUUACAGUGUGAUGAGGGAUCUGCUAUUGCUUUCUACUUGUCCAUUGGCUACAUUGGAUUUCUGGCCAUGAUGAGCUUUAUUGUAGCCUUCUUGGCCAGGAAACUUCCAGACACCUUCAAUGAGGCUCAGUAUAUCACCUUCAGCAUGCUGGUCUUCUGCAGUGUGUGGAUCUCGUUCAUCCCGACCUAUCUCAGCACCAAAGGGAAAUACAUGGUGACUGUGGAAAUUUUUGCCAUCUCAUCUUCCAGUGCUGGACUUCUGGGCUGUAUCUUCAUUCCCAAAUGUUACAUUAUUCUAAUGAGACCAGAAUUGAACACAAAUUUUGAAAUAACCAAACACAGAGCAGAUGUACAUUACAUGGACAUCUAG